AUAUACCACGUGCUUUCUCAUGGCUUAUUCUCGGGUUGUUGUAUUUGGGGAUGUUCUCUACAAAUUAAAGUAUCAGUGCAAUAACACGAAUGAUGAGUACUUAUCCCUUCAGAACAUACAUGAUGAGAUAGUUGACGUGACUCGUGGGAUACUGUAUGUGCUACAAAGUUCAUCUCGGCUUGAGCCAUUAUGUGGUGAUCACAUAACUAUAUUUCCAAGUUUUCAGAGCUGGCCUGAAGGGAUGGAUUUGGAAGCAUUUGAAAAUGAUAAAAAACUUAAUAUUCAUCCAAUGGCUGUUGUACUUGCUGUAUAUGUACAUGUACAAAGCAGCAGUAGUCCUGCUUCUAGAUAUCAUGGUAUCACUCGUAAGAGACAGCGUAGAGUAGAGGAAGUUGGUGAUAGUUCAGACAGUGAGUUCUCUGACAAUUCGAUACAUCUUGAGAAGAAAGUACUGCCCAGACCCAGUAAAAGGCUAAAGAAUGAAUCAGGAAGAGCUGGUGUUCAUUGUCUAGUACCAAGGAUUCACAAAACUUCUGCUCGUAAAGUGAAAGGCAGUGUCAGCUGGUUGGCAAGACUAGCAAGCUUUUUCUUUGGUGAGACAACAUAAUGAAUGAAUAAAAAAA